GUUAACUAAUUCCUAAUGAGUCAACUACCAAUUCCUCGCUGUCCCAUGCUUAUCACUGACCGCCAAGCCAGAACACAAGGCAUACGUUUUCAACUCGCCACUGGCUCUGCGGAAAUAGCCUCAGCGCUUCAACCGGAAACAGAAGAUAACCGCUACAGACGCCACCUAAGGGCCGGCUGGAACCAAGCUGAGUCCGGAAAGCCGCAAGACCGGAAGGGCCCGGCUGUUUCCGGUAAAAACGCGACAGAGCAGAAGCUCAGGGGGCGAGUCUCCGAGAUUAGGCCGGUGAGCCCAGCGCGCUCGGCUCCGCGACCCCGACAUGCCCGCUUUUGCGCAGGCGCGGGGGCUCCUGCGCAAGCAAACGCGUAUGCAAAAUCGUGCGCGCGCCGGUUCUCCGCCCGGCGCAUCGGAGCUGCCUCAAGGGUUACCAGUGAGAAGUUGUGCAGAGCCCAACAUGAGCUUCAUUUCCAAGCUGCCACCUAUCUCUGCCUCCUACGCAGCAUCCGAGAACACGUGGCCCUUCAUCAGGAAUUUCAUGGCAAGGGUGAGCGCUCAGUGGAGGAGUCCGCUGGCUUGGUGGGUCUCAAGUUGCCCCAUCAGCCUGGAGGGAAGGGCUGGGAGCCAUGAAAACGGAGAGAUUCCUUGGAUGCUGCCUUCAUACAAGAAUUUAAUCAUUUCUGUCAUAUGUAUUUAUAAUUAAAGUUUUUUUUAAGUUUA